AUGAAAUUGGUACUAUCACCCAAAUUCUUGGCCAUUGGCUUCAUGUUGAUGUGCACAGCUGUAAUUGCUGGUAAGGAUGAUGAUGAUUGUUUCAAACUCCUUCCUGGUGAAACCUAUCAUGGUCUUAGCUGGACCCCUGAAGACAAUGGAGGAGGCUUAUUGUCCAAUUCAGAAAAUCACCAAGUCACAGUAUAUGCACCGGGUUCUGAUGAGAAACUUGAAACUUCUGAAGGAACUGAGUGCAUUGGAUCUAGCUUGGUACAUAGCGGGUCAGAAGAAAGUGAUCUCUUUCUUUGGAUUUCAAUAGCGGGUCAUCAUUGA